AUGAAAUUGAUUUAUUUUAUAUAUUUUUUUAAUAUCGCACACACAACUAGGCAUUCACAGUCAAUUAAUAACUUUGGGUUGAAUUGUUUUUGUUUUUUACAUAGUAGCACUUUUUACAACAAUAAAAAGAAUAUUGAAAGGAGGUUUUCGGCUUUUAGUAAAGGAGGUAAAGAGCUCGAGGAUUAUGAAUCUGGGCUAACGGAAGAGGACUUGAAUACCAUAAAUGAAUAUCUGGCUGAUAUCAAAUCUGGAGUUUAUGGACUAGAGAGUAAGAAAGAGCUUGAAAAGUUGGAAAAGGACUAUGAAAAAAAUCACCAUGAAACUAAUUUUGACCUUAAGGACGUUCUCAACACAAAGAACGAAAAGUUAGAAAAGGAAAUGAACAAAAUUUUUGACCUUUCAAAUCUCCCAAGUUCAGAAAACAGCAAAAUUAACUGGGAAGAUUUGGAAAACCAAAUUUCAGAAGGUAAAAAGAAGUGUUUAGAUGUAGAAGAGAUGAAAAAAACGGUUCACUCAAUUUACAGAGAAAAGGGAUUAUUAUCUGAAACGUUCAAAGUUUUAGAGAUUUCAGGCCUAAAGCUUAAGUGGAGACAAUCGUUAGGUAAUAUAGAAAUAUACUUCACAGCAGAUCAAUCCACAAAAAAGAAGGACUACGAAAUCAAGUUUCUCCCAUCCACUCUUACCAUUAUAAACCUAGAAAAGGUCCUACUCGAGAAGACUCUGUUUGGGAAAGUUGACUGUGAUGGGUGUUUUUGGACCAUGUACAAGGACCCUUCUACGGGAACAAAGUACGUUAAUAUUAAUCUAAGAAAGCGUCCACCGAAGUUUAAUACCAUGUGGGAUAGUAUUUUUGUCUAA